AUGGCGCUAGAUAUUGGCGGAGGUCUUGGCGAGCCCGAAAAUUUGGGGCUAAGAGAAAAGGAGGUUGAAAUUGGUUUUGGUCCCUGUCAAGCCGGCCUAGGCGGCCUUUCGCUUGCUGAGCGAGAGGAUCAGAGGAGAUUGCCCGCCGAUAAGUCAAGCACUUUUAAGUCUCAUUUGAACACCCUAACAGCUUUCGAGGGUGUUGUUGUUGCGCCACAGAAGCGAGACCCCUGCAUUUAA